GCUGCGUCAGAGUGCGUCUCACCCCUGGCGACCCCGGAAGUGGGUCGGGGGCUUGGCCUCUGCCCGGCCGCAGAGCUGGGGCCGGAGGUGCUAGCCUGUCCCGCGGUAAACCCCGGGCAAAGCCCGGGGCACGGGUUUCAAGAUGCUGAACGUCCCUUCCCAGUCUUUCCCGGCCCCCAGGUCUCAGCAGCGUGUCGCCGCCGGGGGGCGUAGCAAGGUACCUUUAAAACAAGGCAGAAGCCUUAUGGAUUGGAUUCGAUUGACCAAAAGUGGAAAGGAUCUAACAGGAUUAAAAGGCAGGUUAAUUGAAGUAACUGAAGAAGAACUUAAAAAACACAACAAAAAAGACGAUUGUUGGGAAUGCAUAAGAGGUUUUGUUUAUAAUGUCAGCCCUUAUAUGGAGUAUCAUCCUGGUGGAGAAGAUGAACUAAUGAGAGCAGCAGGAUCAGAUGGCACUGAACUUUUUGAUCAGGUUCAUCGUUGGGUCAAUUAUGAAUCCAUGCUGAAAGAAUGCCUGGUUGGCAGAAUGGCAGUUAAACCUGCUGUUCUGAAAGACUAUCGUGAGGAGGAAAAGAAAGUCUUAAAUGUUAAAGGUGGCAUUAAGUAUGGAUUACAGCACUCCACAAGUGAUGUGGUUAGCCCUGUUACCUCUUGUAACCUGGACCCUGGACCCUAUAAGAUUGGAACACAUCUACAUAUAUAUAUUUUUAGCUGCCUUUUCCUUUGGGCUUAUUUAAGUCUAUGCGGCAUGCUUCCCAAGAGCCAGGUGACAGAUACACUUGCCAAAGAAGGUCCUAAUUAUCCAAGCUAUGAUUGGUUCCAAACAGACUCUUUAGUCACCAUUGCCAUAUAUACUAAACAGAAGGAUAUCAAUUUAGACUCAAUAAUAGUUGAUCGUCAGGAUGAUUCCUUUAGAGCAGAAACAAUUAUUAAGGAUUGUUUAUAUCUUAUACAUAUUGGGCUAAGCCGUGAGGUUCAGGAAGAUUUUUCUGUGCGGGUUAUUGAAAGUGUGGGAAAAAUAGAGAUUGUUCUAAAGAAAAAAGAGAAUACUUCUUGGAACUUUCUUGGCCAUCCCCUGGAGAAUCAUCAUUCACUUAUUCCAAGGAAAGAUACGGGGUGGGACUGUAAAACUAAUUGGAAACUGUGCAUGUGGGUGUGUCUUGUCAACAGUUAUAUUCACUAUAUGGCUGGAACAUUUCUUUGGAAAAGUCCAAUGCCAAGAGUCCCUAGAGUGAACAAUCUUCUACCUUGUACCCAGCAUUUCAGAAGCCAUGUGGGGAAGAAGGCUGGGCCUAGCUUCUGGUAUAUCUGUUUGUACUACAGAAAAUGCCAGUUAAUUUCCAAGGAAGAUGUUACUCAUGAUACGAGGCUUUUCUGUUUGAUGCUGCCACCAAGCACUCAUCUUCAAGUGCCCAUUGGGCAACAUGUUUACCUCAAGCUAUCUAUUACAGGUACAGAAAUAGUAAAGCCAUAUACACCUGUAUCUGGUUCCUUAUUCUCAGAGUUCAAGGAACCAGUUCUUCCCAACAAUAAAUACGUCUACUUUUUGAUAAAAAUCUAUCCCACUGGACUCUUCACACCAGAGCUUGAUCGUCUUCAGAUUGGAGAUUUUGUUUCUAUGAGCAGUCCUGAGGGCACUUUUAAAAUAUCCGAAUUUCAAGAAUUAGAGGAUCUCUUUUUGUUGGCAGCUGGAACAGGCUUCACACCAAUGGUUAAAAUACUGAAUUAUGCUUUGACAGGUAUACCCACUCUCAGGAAAGUGAAGCUGAUGUUCUUCAAUAAAACAGAGGAUGAUAUAAUUUGGAGAAGCCAAUUGGAGAAAUUAGCAUUUAAAGAUAAAAGACUGGAUGUUGAAUUUGUUCUCUCAGCACCUACUUCUGAAUGGAAUGGCAAACAGGGACAUAUUUCACCAGCGCUUCUUUCUGAAUUUUUGAAAAGAAAUUUGGACAAAUCCAGAGUUCUUGUCUGCAUUUGUGGACCAGUGCCAUUUACAGAACAAGGAAUAAGGUGAGUAGCAGUGUGGUAGGAAAUAGACUGCCCAACACUGAAACGAAGAUCUUUCAUAACAAGCGUCUCUCAGUUCUUCUUAUUUAUAUGAACUGCACUUUAAUAAUCUUACAGUUUUAGAAAAUAACUAAGUCUUUAAAUCUUCAUAUAGUUUAAGAGUUGGGGGUCAGAAUUAUGCAUACUGUUAGAUAUGAAUACAAAAAUAGGACACAGCCAGCAAUUGGUGUUCCCUGCUAAUGGCUGCCUGUAUGAUACACUCACAGGACUGGUGCCACAGUCUUAUUUGGGACAUUAGGCCCAACCUCUUCUUCCAUCAAAGCUUUAUGAUCAUAAUUAAUAAGCAAUGUUCAUCUCAUUGUAGCUUUUGCUCUUCAUUCUCUGUAACUGAGUGAAAAUUAGUAAAUACUGUAUAUGCAAUCAGAAGCCACACAGCAAGACAAAAAGGGGAGACUAGAACACAAAUAAGGCAAGACUAAUAGUUGAAGUGAAGCCUGGAUAAUGAAAAAUCAGUGGUAGUGGUGAUCCUGUUUGAAACUCAACUUGAUGUGAUUUUGCUUUAAAAUGGCACUUUAAAAUGUUUGGUUAAAUAUAGCCCCUAUUGGAUUUCUAGAUGAUUUUAAAAUAUGGCUGCUUUAAGUGUCCUAUUCUUAUUUAGUCUGUGACUAAACCUAACAUUUCUAGAUGUCAACUAAAGGAGUCAAACUCUGUAAUUUGAAGAGAUUUAUUCUGAGCUGUUAAAAUGCAUGCUUUGAAUGAAGAAACCCCCCAAACAGGCUUUGUGUGAGCAACAUGGCUGUUUAUUUACCUGGGUGCAGGUGGGCUAAGGCCAAAA